UUCGCAGGUGUUAUUAGUCUCCCGCACUGAUAGUUUCACCCACUGGUUUAGCCCCGCCACCUCUUAUCCCUCCACAUUCUCUCCCCUGCAGCCCCAUGGCCACUGUCCUGAGAACUCCGGCCAUCCGGGUGCCCCCUCAGUCGCUGCACCUUGCCUCCAUUCCGGCUAGAGCUUCUAGAACCGCUUGCCUCUCAUUCAGGCAUAGCAGCAUCAGGCAUCCCUGUAUUGCCUCUCUACGGCUCCCCCGCAGGUCGCCUCUCCGGUUCGUAAAUUUCGUGCCUUUUGCUGCCUCCGGUGACACGGAGACCACCCAGGCAGAGGAGGUUCGAGAACCUCAGCUCGAGGAACCUGCCGAUGGUGCAGUUGUUGGAGAAGAUGCUGCUGGGGAUGAAGAAACUACUGGGGGCGAAGAUACACACGAUUCAGCCAUUUCGUUGUUACUCCGCUCUUACAAAGAAGCUUUAGCGAGUGAUGAUGAUGCCAAGGUUGCUGAAAUUGAAGCUUACUUGAAAUCCAUUGAGGAUGAGAAAGCUUCUCUUCAAAAUAAGGUGGUGGCUUUAUCCGCUGAGCUGUCAACACAGAAGGAUAGGAUUCUUAGGAUCAGUGCGGAUUUCGAUAAUUUCCGGAAGAGGACAGAAACGGAACGCCUUUCUCUGGUGUCAAAUGCUCAAGGAGAAGUCGUGGAGAACCUCUUGCCUGUAAUGGACAAUUUUGAGAGGGCUAAAACACAAAUUAAGGUGGAGACUGAGGGAGAAGAGAAGAUCAACAACAGCUAUCAGAGCAUAUACAAGCAAUUUAUGGAAAUUCUGAGCUCACUAGGUGUUGUUCCUGUGGAGACAGUUGGCAACCCGUUUGAUCCACUGCUGCACGAAGCUAUCAUGCGUGAGGAUUCAACGGAAUAUGAAGAGGGUAUAAUUAUUGAAGAAUAUCGUAAAGGAUUCAGACUGGGAGAUAGGCUCUUGCGCCCGUCAAUGGUGAAAGUAUCAGCAGGUCCUGGGCCCGCGAAGACAGAAAAUGUUGAACAGUCGAAGGAGGAGGCGGUGCAUGCCAAUGAAGUCUCUGAGGAGGGAAGUGCAUAAAAUGGGCCUGCUUCGCAAAAUCCAGAAUGUCUCACACUCAGUUUUGAGUAGCAGCUUCCUUUACUAUUUCUGACGCUUGGCAGAGUAACAACAGCUUUGUUGAGAUAGAGAAAUCGAAUCUUGCAAUCAAUUGUUCUUGCAUUUUCUGAGGUGUUAUGGUUGUCUAGGGGGAUAGAAGGCUUCUUAUGAAACAAAUUGUGCACGUGUGAUUGGGUAUUAGAAUUGAUCAUUUACGAGUUAUAAACAGAAAGCCAAUACGCAAGAAGUGGUCAUGGUUGGUCAA